UGCAGCCCGAGCUCCGGGUCUCGUCUUCCUUGCUCAGUGUCUGCUCCUAGAGGCCAAGCCUCUGGGCCUGUGACCGGCAGGUAUUGGGCGAUCCACAGCUAACAUGCCAGGACACCCUGGAAGCCUAGAAAUGGGACCAUUGACAUUUAUGGAUGUAGCCAUAGAAUUCUCUCUGGAGGAGUGGCAGUGCCUGGACACAGCACAGAAGAAUUUAUAUAGAACUGUGAUGUUAGAGAACUACAGAAACCUGGUCUUCCUGGGUGUUUCUGUAUCUAAUUUAGACCUGAUCACGUGUCUGGAGAAAGGAAAAGAACCCUGGAAUAUGAAGAUGGGAGCCAAACCUCAAGUUUUGAGUUAUUUUCCCAAAGACCUUUGGCUAGAGCAAAACAUAAAAAAUUCUUUCCAACAAGAGAUACUGACAAGAUAUGGAAAAUAUGGACAUGAGAAUUCACAAUUAAGUAAAGGUCGUAAAUGUGUGGAUGAGUGUAACGUACACAAAGGAAGUUAUAAUGGACUUGACCAAUGUGUGACAACAUCUCAGAGUAAAAAAUUUCAGUGUGAUAAAUAUGUGGAAGUCUUUCAUAAAUUUUCAAAUUCAAGUAGACAUAAUAUAAGACAUACUGGAAAGAAACCUUUCAAAUGUCAAGAAUGUGACAAAUCAUUUUGUAUGCUUUCACAUCUAACUCAACAUAAGAUAACUCACACUGGAGAGAAACCAUAUAAGUGUGAAGAAUGUGGCAAAGCUUUUACUCGAUCUUCAACUCUUACUACACAUAAGAGAGUUCAUACGGGAGAGAAACCCUACAAAUGCGAAGAAUGUGGCAAAGCCUUUACUCGAUCCUCAACUCUUACUAUGCAUAAGAGAGUUCAUACUGGAGAGAAACCCUACAAAUGUGAAGAAUGUGGCAAAGCCUUUAAACAGUAUUCAAACCUUACUAGGCAUAAAAAAAUUCAUAGUGAAGCAAAACCAUUCAAGUAUGAACAGUGUGGCAAAGCUUUCAAACUAUCCUCCACCUUUACUAUGCAUAAAAUAAUUCAUACUGGAGAGAAACCCUACAAAUGCGAAGAAUGUGGCAAAGCUUUUAACCGAUCCUCCACCGUUACUGUACAUAAGAUAAUUCAUACUGGAGAGAAACCAUACAAGUGUGAAGAAUGUGGCAAAACUUCUAACCGUUCUUCAGACCUUACUAAACAUAAGAUGAUUUAUACUAGAGACCAAUCCUACAAAUUUGAAGAAUGUGGCAAAACUUUUAACCAGUUUGCAACUCUCACUACUCAUAAGAUCAUUCAUACUGGAGUGAAACCUUACAAGUGUGAAAAAUGUGGCAAAGCUUUUAACCAUUCCUCUACCCUUACUAUCCAUAAGAGAAUUCAUACUGGAGAGAAACCCUACAAAUGUGAAGAAUGUGGCAAAGCUUUUAACCGGUCCUUUGCACUUUCUAGACAUAAGAUAAUUCACAUUGGAGAGAAACGUUACAAAUGUGAAGAAUGCGGUAGGGCUUUUAUACAGUCUUCAAGCCUUACUACACAUAAGAGACUUCAUAGUGAAGAGAAACCCUACGAAUGUGAAGAAUGUGGUAAAUCUUUUAAACAUUCCUCAAGCCUUACUAGUCAUAAGAAAAUUCAUACUGAAGGGAAACCCUACAAAUGUGAAGAAUGUGGCAAAGCUUUUAACCGAUCCUCAACCCUUACUGUGCAUAAGAGAAUUCAUACUGGAGAGAAACCCUACAAAUGUGAAAAAUGUGGCAAAGCCUUUACCAAUUCUUCACACCUUGCUAAACAUAAGAAAGUUCAUACUGGAGAGAAACCCUAAAAUUUGAAAUGUGAAAAGUGUGGCAAAGCUUUUAACUGGUCCUCAACUCGUACUAGACAUAAGAUAAUUCAUACUGGAGAGAAACUGUACAAAUUUGAAAAAUGUGGCAUAGCUUUUAACCAGCCCUGAACUCUUACUAGACAUAAUUCAUACUGGAGAGAAACCCUGCAAAUGUAAAGAAUGUGGCAAAGCUUUUAACUGAUCCUCAACUCUUACUAUGCAUAUGAUAAUUCAUACUGGAGAGAAACCCUACAAGUGUGAAAAAUGUGGCAAAGCCUUUAAUAAGUCCUCAAACCUUACUACACAUAAGACAAUUCAUGAGAGAAAAUCUACAAGUGUGAAAAAUGUGGCAAAGUUUUUAACCAUUCUUCAAACCUUACUGAACGUAAGUUAAGCAGUUCUCAACUCUUACUACUCAUAAGAUAAUUCAUACUGGAGACAAACCCUACAAAUGUAAAGAAUAUGGCAAAGCUUUUAACUGAUCCCUCAACUCUUACUCUGCAUAUGAUAAUUCAUACUGGAGAGAAACCCUACACAUGUGAAUAAUGUGGCAAACCCUCUAAUAAGUUCGCAAACCUUACUAAACAUAAGAAAAUGUAUACUGGAGAACAGCCCUACAAAUGUGAAGAAUGUGGUGAAGCCUUUAGUGCAUUCUCAAGCCUUACUCAACAUAAGAUGAUUCAUACUGAAGAGAAACCUUACAAAUGUAAAGAAUGGCAAAACUUCUUAACUACUCAAACCUUUCUAGUCAAGAUAAUUCAUACUGGAGAGAAACCCUACAAAUGUGAAGAAUAUGGUAAAGCUUUUAACUGAUACUCAACCCUUACUAUGCAUAAAAUGAUUCAUACUGCAGAGAAACCCUACAAAUGUAAGAAUGUGGCAAAGCCCUUAAACAUGCCUCAACUCUAAUGAAACGUAAAAUAAUAAAUACUGCAGAGAAACCCAACAAAUGUGAAGAAUGUGGCAAAGUUUUUAACCGGUUCUCAACCCUUACAAGACAUAAGAGAAUUCAUACUGAAAAAAAAACCCUAGAAAU